GCAUCCAGGUGUAUCCUAACACUGCUUUCUUUCUUUAGCACUACUUGACCAUGUUAGGAGGAGCUUUGGCGAUUCCUUACAUUCUGAGUGGUCCAAUGUGUUUUGCGAACAACACGCUUGCCAUCAGUGAAGUACUGAGCACCAUUUUCUUCGUUUCUGGUCUUGUAACCUUGAUGCAGAGCACUUUUGGAGUCAGGCUUCCUAUCGUUCAAGGAGGAGAUUAUGGUUACCUGGCUCCAACAUUUGCCAUUAUGGCUCUUCCACAGUGGAAAUGCCCGAUACCUGAAGAAAAUAGUAAUUCAACUGAAAGUUCACUUAUCAACAAUGACGACAUAUGGAAAACUCGCAUGAGAGAGAUUCAAGGCGCCAUGUUGUUGUCGUCGCUGUUUCAAGUUGUGCUCGGUUUCACUGGUCUCGUUGGUGUCCUUCUUCGCUUCAUUGGACCGCUGGCCAUAGCGCCUACAAUCACUCUUGUGGGCGUGGCGCUCUUCCGAACAGGAGCGGAAAAGGCGGGUAAGUUGACCGUAGAAUAUGAUAAUUGUUGUUCCACUUUAGCCUCAUAUCUUUCCAAUUUAUUUUUUCACUCUCUAGGUCUCCACUGGGGAAUUUCGAUGGUGACUAUCGUCUUAAUAUCUUUGUUUUCACAAUACCUGACAAAGAUAAAGAUCCCAGUGCCUCGAUAUAGCGAAGAGCGAGGACGUGUUUAUGUCGGUCGCUUUCCAUUGUUCAGGUUAUUUCCGGUGAUUCUAGCAAUCGUAGUAUCAUGGAUUAUUUGUGCCAUAAUCACUGCAGCGGGAGGUUUUCCUUCAGAUCCCAGCAUUCCUCAGUAUGCGGCGAGAACUGACGCCAGGGCUGCUGUGUUGAAAGAAGCCAAAUGGUUCAGACUUCCGUACCCAGGUCAGUGGGGAAUGCCUACUGUGAGUGUCGCAGCGGUGUUCGGGAUGUUAGCUGCAGUGAUGGCCUCAAUUAUUGAGUCCGUGGGAGAUUACUAUGCCUGCGCGAGGUUAUCAGGAGCACUUCCUCCACCAAAGUACGCCAUCAACCGUGGAAUAGGAAUCGAAGGAAUUGGAUGUCUCUUGGCAGCAGCUUUUGGUUGUGGAAUCGGUACAACCUCGUAUAGUACAAACAUUGCAGUUAUUGGCAUCACUAAGGUUGGUAGCCUUCGUGUUAUUCAGUUUGGUGCUCUUAUCCUGAUGGCUUUUGGACUUCUCGGUAAAAUUGGUGCGUUGUUCGUCAGUAUUCCAGAUCCCAUCGUUGGUGGAGUUUUCUUGGUCCUGUUUGGAAUGAUUUCCGCUGUUGGGAUCUCCAACUUACAGUUUGUUGACAUGAAUUCCUCCAGAAACUUGUUUGUUUUUGGAUUCGCCAUUGUUUUUGGAUUGGCUCUGCCGCAUUACAUGGCCAUGCAUCCUGGUGCCGUACAAACAGGUGUGCCAGAGAUCGACCAGAUCAUCACCGUGCUGUUGAGCACUAGCAUGGCAGUUGGGGGUUUAGUCGGGCUGAUUUUGGACAACACCAUCCAGGGAACCAUUGAGGAACGCGGGCUCAAGGCAUGGAGGCAACAUCUGUCAGAUGACAGUGAUGAGUUUCAAACAGCUUCAAUUAAAGUCUAUGAUCUGCCGUUUGGUCUCAAUCGUAUCAGUAACUACAAGGUGGCUAAGUAUUUGCCCUUCUUGCCGUACAACGACGAAGAUAGCUCGCCAGCAGCUGAUGAGAAGCUGAGGAACAUUCAUUCUAAACUGUAAAAUGAUACUUUGACAGUCUACAU